UUCAGCUGUUCUGGGCGAUUAAUUCGAUUUAAAUUUCAUCAUUAUUUAUUCGAGUCGCACAUGAAACUAUACCUUCGAAAUAUUUUACGGAUUUUCUCAUUUAGACCAAGACCAGGCGUGUCUAAAGAAUACAAAACAAAAGAAAAACUUUGGAAUUACUCUUAAGCAGGAUUAUCCCAAAAAUGUGUACUUCAGCAACAAAUUGUUCAUUAUGGUCAUAUGGAUUUGCUGGAGGUUUCCCUGGGGCUCUUGUCAGUGAAACACAAUUGAGGACCAAUUUCUUCUGAAAACUCCUCUAAGAAGGCAAACUAUGCCAUACACUGUAUCUAAGUCAACUUCUACUUCAGUUGUUUUCUGAGUGCUCUUUUGGCUAAUAGAUGAAGACUCAUUUGAUCUUUAACCUGCACACAUAACUCAAGGGUGUUAGUGGAAUUACAACCAGGAGACUAUUUAAUCUUGCAAGAGGAUUUUUUAUUUAUUUGCAAAUGAUGCUAUUUCUGAACUUCAAUUGGUUUAAGUGAAUGAAGCAUACUCUUUCUUUGAGAAGAGAGCAACAUUUUAAAAUUCUUCUACUGAAUAAAUUUCUCAACAUCUUUCUGACUGUUGACUACAAACAAAGAAAGUUUGAGUGAAUUAUUGUUGUAUGAGGAAAUAUUUUUUUACAUAACAAAGACUAAUGAUUGUGCUAUGUAAAAUAUUUUCAAAAUGUGAGAUAUGCAUUUAAAAAAAAAAUCUUGCCUGUCGAAAAUUGUUUAUUGUGUGUCAUUUUCAUUAAUAUAAUUUCAGUGUAUUUUAGCUAACUUUGAUUUUUUUUAAAUGCAGGAUCUCAUUGAUGAGAAAGGAAAAACAUUCACUUGUGAAGUUUGUGGUAAAUCUUUUGCUGAGAAAAGAUAUUUAAAAGAUCAUUACCCUGUUCAUUCAAAUGAAAAACCUUUCAAAUGCAAAAUAUGUGACAGCUCUUUUAGUAGACAAAAAUAUCUAAAAAGUCAUUUUUUUGUUCAUUCCAAUGAAAAGCCUCAUGUUUGUGAUAUCUGUGGUAAAGCCUUUCCCCAAAAAUAUAUAUUAAAAAAACAUCAUGAGACUCAUUUAAAUAAAAAACCUCAUACUUGUGAUAUUUGUGGAAAAGGUUUUUCUCAAAAAUACUUAUUAAAUAGACAUUACCAGAAUUAUACAAAUGAAAAAACUACAAAAGAAAAGAAAUCCUAUUCAUGUGAAAUGUGUGGGAAAGAAUUUACUCUAAAAACCAAUCUAACAAGACAUUACCGUAUGCAUACUAAUGAAAGACCUUAUAAGUGUAAUAUAUGUGAAAAAACAUUUCAUCAGAAAUUUGCUUUAGAUGAACAUGGUCAUACUCAUACAAAUGAAAAACCUUACAAAUGUAAUAUAUGUGGAAAGUUUUUUUCUCAUAAAGGUUAUAUGGAUAUACAUUAUCGUGCCCAUACUAAUGAAAAACCUUAUGAGUGUGAUAUAUGUCAAAAGUGUUUUUCUCAGAAAUGUGCUUUACGUAUACAUUAUCGAACCCAUACCAAAGAAAAACCCUAUAAGUGUAGCAUAUGUGAAAAGUCUUUUCCUAAGAAAGGUGCCCUGGAUGCACAUAAUCGAAUCCAUACCAAUGAAAAACCUUAUAAAUGUUUUGUAUGUGAGAAGAUGUUCUCUAUGAAAGGUAAUUUGACUGUACAUUAUCGUACUCAUGCCAGUUCUACACAUACUUCUGAUGUAUGUGGAAAAGUUUUCCCUAAAAAAAAUAGUUUAAUGGUGCAUUAUCGCACACAUGCAAGUGAAAAACCUUUUUCUUGUGAUUUGUGUGAUAAGACAUUUUCCUGGAAAAGUUUAUUUACUGAACAUUAUCGUACUCAUACAAAUGAAAAUUCUUUAAUGUCUGAUGAAUCUAGCAAAACUGAGUGUAAUGCAAAUACUUUGAAUUUAAAUGACAGCCCUUUGAUAUCUGAAGAAUCCAGCACUACUAUUUAUGAUGGGGGUUUAUAUGAAAAUUGUGACCUUUGUACAUAAAAAUAUUAUUUCAUUUAUAAUAUCUGUGAUGAAGAAAUGUGCAAUAUAUCUUUUGCUUCUAAUUGCUAUUUAGCUUUUUAUUAUUGUUUCAUGUCAGUCAAAAUUACUUUUAUGCCCUAUAUGCAAAUGAAGGGAAUUCAAGAGAUAUUUUUAAAAUUUGUUUUUAUAUCAUUAAAAUAUUUAUUUAAUCAUAUAUUUAUGCAAUUGCGAAGAAAGUUAUUUUUUAUAAAUUUUUUCUAUCUGUGCAAUGAUUAAUUUUUUUAUAAAAAAAUUGUGUAUCCAGAUUUUGAAAUAUAGCAAAAAGGAAUUAUGUUUCCACCAUUCUCAAAUAUGCAUAAUAAUGUUGUCAGUGGUUGUUUUUAACUUCAAAGGAUGCAAUAUUAUUUCCAGAAUUUUAGUAUGAUGCUUUGCUAACUGUAUUUUUGUACAAAGUUUGUUGAAAAUAG